AUAAAGGUUCUUGGACUUGCCCUCAAAGGUUUUGUAUGUUUUAUAAUGGUUCUGUUCCUUUUGAUGAACGUGUUGAUACCGUUUUGAGUUAUUUUGAUUUGCCAGAGAGUGAGAUUCCUGUGUUUAUGACCUUGUAUUUUGAGGAUCCUGAUCAUCAGGGUCAUAAGGUGGGACCGGAUGAUCCGGAGAUUACUGAGGCUGUUGCUGGAAUUGAUAGGAUGAUUGGGAAGUUGAUUGAUGGAUUAGAGGAAAGAGGGGUUUUUGAGGAUGUUACUAUAAUUAUGGUUGGUGAUCAUGGAAUGGUUGGUACAUGUGAUAAAAAGUUGAUUUUUUUGGAUGAUUUGGCUCCUUGGAUUGAUAUUUCACCUGAAUGGGUUCAGUCCUAUACUCCUUUGCUUGCAAUCCGUCCGCCACCUGGUUUUGCACCAUCGGCUGUUGUUGCAAAGAUGAAUGAAGGGUUGCAAUCGGGGAAGGUUCAAAAUGGAAAGAAUUUGAAAAUGUAUCUCAAGGAGGAUCUGCCUAGUAGGCUUCAUUAUGCAGCAAGUGAUAGAAUUCCACCAAUAAUAGGGAUGAUUGACGAGGGUUUUAAGGUGGAGCAGAAGAGAACUAAUAGGCAAGAAUGUGGAGGAGCACAUGGUUAUGACAAUGCACUUUUCUCCAUGAGGACAAUUUUCAUUGGCCAUGGUCCUCAGUUUGCAAGGGGACGAAAAGUGCCAUCUUUCGAGAAUGUUCAGAUAUACAACUUGGUUACUUCAAUUCUCAAUAUCCAGGGUGCUCCCAAUAAUGGGUCUGUAUCUUUUCCAUCAACUGUUCUUUUGCCCAAUCCUUCAUAAAUUAUAUGAAUGUCAUUUCAACGACGAAGUUAUAGUGGGCUGGGUUGAUUCUUUUGCAAGACGAUAUCAACAAUUGUUUAAAGAAGCCUGGUUGUGAGUUAUUAUGUGAUGUGGUGGCGCAGAGGGUAACUGUAUUAGUGUUGAUCCUUGUGAUUGUUGAUUCAUGUUCGGUUACAUGAUCACUUGGCUCCUACUUUUUUUCAUUAUUAUGAGCUGCAGAUUUAAGAGAGGAAUCUAGCAUAAAAAAAUUAAUGAAUCUGUAUUUUUGUA